AUGGCUUCAGAAGGAGGCUCCAAGCUGCGCCCAUUCCCCGUCGAAAUCACCGACGCCAUCAUCGACGCAACCGCUGAACUAGCCUUUACAUCCCCCACACAAUCCGAUGCAAGAGCACACCGGAAAUCCCUACUCUCUUUCCACGCAACGUCCACAGACUGCCACCGGCGCGCCCUAGUCCACCUCUUCAACCGCAUCUCCCUCCCCCUGAUUGGCGGACAAGGCCGCCACCGCCUCGCUUCCCUACGCGAGCUCCUAAAUUCACCCACGUCCCCACGGAUGGGGUUGGACCUCGUCCGGUACAUCAAAGACGUCGAGCUGAAAUUCUCUACCGCCGUGCGCAAGAACACGCGGUUCCCCUACGGCUCGCAGAACGCGUUCUCCGUCGAGCGCGUCAUCAACGACGAGAAUGUCGCGCUCUUCCUCCACCAGCUCCACGGGGACGGGUACGGCAUCGAAAAGCUCACGCUGGCUGUAGACUCCGACGACUCGUCAGGCGGCUGGUGGAUCAUCACAAAGGGCGUCGAUUGGACCAACCUCUCGUCCCACUUCCGCCUUGCCUUCCAAAAUCUCCUCCAAUCACCCUACCUGGCUUGGCUGGAUGUGAGGAACUUUAUCUAUCUCCCUUACGAGCUCUUCAGAGGCUCCAAGGUGACAAGUCUCACUUGGAACCUCGAUAAAAACAUAGUGAUCCCCCCGGCAUGGUCCUACCAGGCCGACGCGUCGAGCGUGCCUGACCUUAACCAUACUUUGUCUAUGGAAUACCCGCAGAUCGAGUACCUCGAUACGAACUGCCUUCACCGGCUCCCUGACACCGCGGCUUGCGCAUCUGUCAAAGGACUAAAAACUCUCUGUGUCGGGUCACUUGCAGGAAACGUUCCCCCAACUGUAUCUUCGAACCUACUGAGAUUGUGCGGCGGAUCGUUGAAGAUGCUCGGACUCGAAUUUUCAGGCCCAUUGCACUUUGAAAUACCAGACAUAAGCUCCAUCCCGAACCUCGAAGUAUUCGCCGUGACCCAAUCGCAGCUCCAAUCAUCCCCCAACACCAUCCCCGUACAAAACAUCGAACCCCUCGCGCAACUCCUCAACGCGCAAAACCCCAUGCGCUCGCUUGCAGAGGUGCAUCUGUACCUGACAAUCGCAGCCGCCGGCGCCAUCCGCGUCGCCCACCCCGCAUGGCGCGCGAUCGACGAGGCGCUGGCGAGCGUAGACGUGUACCCUGCGCUCUGUGUGGUGAAGGUGUAUGUUACGUUUAUGGUGACGGUUGUGUACCGCGCGGAUUUUAGUAGCAAGGAUUUUGAGGAGGAGACGAGGAGGUAUUUGGAGGCGCAGUUUGUUGGGUGUAAAGGGAGAGAGCGGGUUGAGCUUGUGUUGGAUUUUGAGUGUGAUGUUGAGGCGCUGGAGGGGGAUUAUAAUCCCGCUUGUUUCUGA